GGAAGUGGCCGAGAUUAGAGCCGACGCGGGUCGUACCGCGCCGCGAACGUAAGCCCACUUAAGACUGUUUUUAAUACUAGUAUUUUUUACGCGAUCCCGCCCGGAUUUAGCGGAUGAGCGCCGUCGACGCGAUCGUGAGCUUUGAUUUAUCGGUUACGGUUGAUUUUUCGGUUUUUGUUCUGUUGUGUUUACGUUUGUGGGUGACGCGCGGUCGCGGGUGGACGCAGUAAUCCCAAGGCUUCUGCUAGAUUAUGCUGGAUAUCGCCGGAUUUCCUGAUCACUCGCUGUGAACUAUUCGAGAGCAACCUUCCACCUGUGCUAUCAACAGCCUUCAAGAGUCAAAACAUUGUUUUCUAAAGUUGGCGCAAUGUGCUGAAGCGUCAAACACAGACGAGUCGCAAAGCGGCUACUUAGUACGGUGUGAUAGAAAAGCUUCAUCAUUCACUUACGCGUGUACAAGGAGGCGCUGGCGGCCGGCAUGGAGCCGCUAAGCGAGAACGGGCUUUGCCUCUCCGAACUGGAGCUGCACGGGGGGCACCUGCACGAAUCAGUGGCGGCGUCAGUGGGAUCCGCCAUCUCCAGCCUCAUGGCGCCGCUACAUCAUGAACCUCAGCACGCACCCUUGCACCACGCCCCGCCACUCCACCAUGAACCACUGGAGAAAUUAAAACUAUGGGCGGAGACGGGCGAGUUUCGCGACAGUGGUCACUCUUCGCUUGCGUCAGGGGGCUCGGGCGUGGAUCAGUCGUCAUUGUACGCUCCGCCGCGCCCGCGCAGAGACCGCAAACACACCGAUGACAGUAACCGACAAUUAACAUCAGAGCCAACGAUAAAGACCGAAUCAACGACGCCUGGAGUUGGGCCGGACGAACCGUCAAUGGACGACAAAGGCGACAAGAAGAAUAAGCGACAAAGACGGCAGAGGACGCAUUUCACUAGCCAACAGUUACAAGAGCUGGAGGCGACGUUUGCGAGGAACCGAUACCCUGACAUGUCGACGCGAGAGGAGAUCGCCAUGUGGACCAACCUUACGGAAGCGAGAGUCAGAGUAUGGUUUAAAAAUCGGAGAGCGAAAUGGCGGAAACGUGAAAGAAACGCCAUGAACGCGGCGGCGGCUGCGGCCGCGGAUUUCAAGAACGGUUUCAGCACGCAGUUCAACGGCCUCAUGCAACCCUUCCCGGACACGGACGCGCUCUACUCUUCGUACCCGUACAACAACUGGGCGGCGAAGGUGCCGAGUCCUUUGGGCACAAAGAGCUUCCCUUGGCCGGUGAACCCUCUCGGGUCGGUGGUGCCCGCAAGCCACCACCAGGGCUCCGUUAACUGCUUCAACACGGCGACGUCCAUGGGUGGCGUGGGCGGCGUGAGCGGCAGUAUGGGCGUGGCGGGCUCUGCGUCGGUGGGCGGCGGAGUGGCGCCCUGCCCGUACACAGGCGCGCCCAACCCGUACAUGUACCGCGCGGAGCCGUGCCCCGCGAUGUCGUCAUCCAUCGCUUCACUGCGGCUGAAGGCGAAGCAGCACUCUUCGGGCUUCGGUGGCGGAUACGGUGGCGUGUCGCCGGUAUCGCGCGCCGGUUCGGCGCCGCUGGCCGCCUGCCAGUACGCAGCGGCCGGCGUGGGUGUCGACCGCGUGCUCUGAGAAGAGGCGCGCGGC